GGCCCCGGCGCAGUCGGCGGCGCGUCCGCGGGGCGGGAAGGGCCGGGCCGCAGCAUGGUCCUGGUGCACGUCGGAUACCUGGUGCUGCCCGUCUUCGGCUCCGUGCGCAACAGAGGUGCUCCCUUUCAAAGGUCUCAGCAUCCCCAUGCUACCUCCUGCCGGCAUUUCCACCUGGGUCCCCAGCCUCAGCUCUCCGCCGACUUCACCCUGCCUCACGCGGUGCAGCCCCAGCCGGGGCUGACCCCUCACAUGGCCCCUGCACACCAGCACAGUGGCCCCCUCCACCAGCCCCUGGCCCCAGUGCCACCCCUGCCCUUCCAGGACGUCGCUGGACCCUCCUUCCUACCUCAGGCGCUACACCAGCAAUACCUCCUCCAGCAGCAGCUCCUCGAGGCACAGCACCGCCGGCUCAUGCCCCAUCCCAGGCGGGCUCAAGAGCGCAUGUCUGUCCAGCCUCACCGCCUACACCCCAGCUUCGACUUCAGCCACCAACUGCAGACUCCACAACCCAUGGGGCCCCAGCCCAGGUAUUUAGCAGAAGGCACGGACUGGGACCUCAGUGUCGAUGCGGGACUGACUCACGCCCAGUUCCAGGUCCGUCCCGUCCCUCAGCCAUAUCAGCAUUACUUAGCCACACCUCGGAUGCACCAUUUCCCCAGAAGCACAUCCUCAACGCAGAUGGUUGUUCAUGAAAUCAGAAAUUAUCCUUACCCUCAACUUCAGUUGCUUGCUCUUCAGGGACUGAACCCAAGCAGGCACACAUCUGCUGUGCGGGAGAGCUAUGAAGAGCUGCUGCAGCUGGAGGACAGGCUGGGCAGUGUGAGCCGGGGCGCCGUCCAGAACACCAUCGAGAGAUUCACCUUCCCCCACAAGUACAAGAAGGCUAGGAAGCUGCGGGCCAAAUUUUCAAAGGGGUCUCAACCUUCUCCCACCCAGCGGGUGCAAUUUCCCCCCUGUCCGCACCUGAGAAGACCACAAGAAGGCAAAGCUGAGCAAGAUGAUGGAGAGGAGUCAGACACCGAUGAGAAAUGCACAAUCUGUCUGUCCAUGCUAGAAGACGGAGAAGACGUCAGGCGGUUGCCUUGUAUGCAUCUCUUCCACCAAGUGUGCGUGGACCAGUGGCUGGCCACCAGCAAGAAGUGCCCGAUCUGCAGGGUGGACAUUGAAACACAGCUCGGCUCGGACAGCUGAAAGGACUGGCUGGACACACCAUUUUCCUUACCAGGUCGUAUGGCCAUAGACCCUUGCAGCAAAAUUUUUGCCUUCUGAGCCAUUUGAUUGAGAGGGGAAGUCUGCAGGCACGUUAGUGAGGAGGAGGAGGAGGAGGUGGUGGUACAAUAUCUAGCAGUAGGAGAUAUUGCACAUACGCAGGAUACAGGCCCAGUGAAAGGGAGCUGGCAUUCCCGGAGCUCAGAGACCCCGUGCUGCAGAAGAUUUAGUGUUGAACAUGAAGGAACUAGUUGUGGUAGCCUGGCCUGUCAAUCCUGCACUUCAUGGGGAUUGUAUAUAUACCUCUCGAAUAUGUAGAAACAUGUUAGGGGUCCUUUAGCUAUUUCUAUGGAUGGCAGCUGGAGCAUGUUAGCUUAAGAAAUGUUGUGUUUGAUGCCCUACUCAUCUUGUGGUGGACAUGUUGCUGUUACCUAUUUUGCACCAAAUAUUUUUUCAUAGAUUCCUUAUUUUGGUGCCUGAUUAAUACAUUGCAGAGGGGGAAUAAAGAGGUCAAACUUUCCCACCCUUGGGGUGAGGGAAGAGGAGAAAAAGCAAAAUCCUGUUUACAGUCAGAAGGGUUUGCGCUCUUUGCCUCAGCCGCGUGUGCUUCUUUCCCUUGCAUUUACAGUGUGUUGCAAAUUUAGAGAAGCUUAAAGAAAUAAAAAUUGGGGAUAAAAUGAACGAAGCAAUAGGGAGAAGCUUCGUUCCUGCUUGUCUGCUGGUGCUGGACACUUUCUGUAGGGGCAUAAUAUUGGACUAGAUGCUGUUUCUUUGCUUUCUGUAUCUUUAACAAAGUAGCUUGUCAUAUCAAAAUCCAAGGAAGAUCUGUCUAUUUGAUUGCCAUUGUCUGUGAUGCUUUCUCCUGUGAGCUGCGUGACUGGUUGGCUUCACCAGCUCCAAAAUGAUGGUUACUGGAGUGGGUGCCUACAGCUGUGCUUUGGGGUAUAAUAACACCAGAGAAGUGCCGAGAGGUGCAAAACAUCGACUCUUCUCCCAUGCAAAGACAUCUCUGAUAACAGGACAGAAGAAAACUCGAUGCUCUCAAGGCACUGCUGAGACCAUGAGCACUUGGGCAUGGGAGGGGGAGGGAGGUUGGAAGUGGGGUUGCUGUUUUUUGGAGGUUUGCUGCUGGGUUGUGACCUGCCUCAAAGAAUGUGUACCUGCACCCGUGUGAGCCUGUGUACAUGUUUCAGGCUGUAUCCACACGGAGUAAUCAGUGGUUGUUAAAACACAACUUAAUCACAUUAACACUCAAAACAGAAUUAAGAGGCAAUACCCGAAGGAGCGAGCUGUUGUGAUCCACGCUCCCCCUGAAAAAAAAAAAACACCUCAGCAUGCCAACCACAGGGACCGAGUGGAAAACCCUCCGGAAAACCGACAUUCACAACCAAAACAUUCUUUUUCUUUCCCUUUUUUUUUUUUUUUUUUUUUAAAUUUCAUACUAGGGGAGUGAAAGAGCUGCGGAGGAGCAGCAGGGGAAUUAGUCAGGAACAUUAUGUAUUGAAAAUUCUGAUGUGGUGGGAAUGAUUUCUGGCUCCCCUGAGCAUCCGUUUCGCUGGAGCCAAGUGAUGCUCUCCAAGUAGAAUCAAUCAUAAACCGCUAUCUGAGAAAUCGGAAGAUUCCCAUGAGCUGUAAUUGGAAAACACCAACCUCAGAGGCACCACAGAAACUUUCUUUUUUCCCAAAGGGAGAGGGGAGAGAAAGAGCGAGUCCCCAUGGACGUGCAGGUGCAGGAGCCUCUCUCUUCAUGUGUCCGUGUAGGUAGGAGGGAGGGGAGUGGAACACUUGGUGGCCUAUAGGGAAAACAUAAGGAAAAAAUUUUUGGCUAUGAGGGGGAUGAGAAACUGGCACAGGCUGCCCAGAGAAGCUGUGGCUGCCCCAUCGCUGGAAACAUUCAAGGUCAUGUUGGACAGUGCUCUGAGCAUCCUGGUCUAGUGGAAGGUGUCCCUGCCCACGUCUGGGAGUUGGAACUGGAUGACCUAUUAAGGUCUCUUCCAACCCAAACUAUUCCAUGAUUUUAUGAUAUAUUUGACACCCAGCACAAGCAACAGCUUCUUGGGGGAUGUGAUGGUCCCAGCCCUGAGGUCCAUGGGUCAAGGAGUGGUCCAGCCUUGGGACUGGCUCCAGCAGCAGCAGAUUGAAGCAUCAUUACAAAUAAUACUAAUAAUACUAUUUUAUACAAGGCUUUGCUGGUAAAAUACACUGUAAGGAGGUCUGGUCUGUCCAGGCGUGAGCUGGGGGUGAAGCUGGGAGAGGAACAGAGUGACUGGGACUCUGGCUGGGUGGGGAGGGGAUGAGGAGUGCUCCUGAACAGCGUAUUUUCUUAAAGCCUGUGAGAAAGUGUUACUAUUUGCCUAAUAAACAAGCACAGUUUUUAAAAAAAAAAAAAAGAUCAAGCAAACUAAAAAAGAAAAAAAAAAAACAACCAAACCCUUUGGUGAAGAAAAGCACCAAACUCCCAUGGUCUAGUGUGAGUGACUGAUCCCAAGUUGUGUGCGAAUUUACAGCAUCUGGAGUUGUAUUGGUGUGUCAGGUUUCUUUGCAUUUAAAUAAUUUGUACGAGUAGGUUGCGAUAAUAGGGUGACUUUAAAAAAAAAAAACACAAAAUGAAACAAACAACAACAACAAAAAAAUCACUAGAAACAAAACAUUGAUAGUUUACAGGGUUUUGUGAGUUUAAAUGCCUUAUAUUUAACAAUCAUAAUUUAUGACUAACUUGUAGAUAUUGUGGGUUCUUAUUUAAUUAUUUUUAUAGUUGUUUUUUUUGCAUUUUUAAUUAUAAUUUAUUUAUUUAGAAAUUACUACUAAUUUUUUUUAUUACUCCUAUUACCUCAUUUUUGCAUUGUUUCUGGGAAUGGAAUGCUUUGCAUGCAUCGGUACUUAAAAAAAAAAUUAAACAGGGGAUGUGGGGGGUGAUGCUUAUCUUGUCAAAAACAAAAAAAAAAAAAAAGAGAAAAAAAUCAGGGUGUGUGAUUACAAACUGUAUUACUGUGGUGCUGUUACCUUGGAUACAUUCCAUAAAAAUGCAAACCUUUGAUUCUGUAUGCUGUGACAUAGUGGAAAACUGCAAUAUAGUGACUGUGUUUAGCACAUAUAUAUGAAUAUUAUUUGCACUCAUAAUCAAACUCUGGUGAUCCUUUCACUUGCGUCCCCGUGCAUUGAAGGUGGUUAAGGACGCUCUGCAAAGCCAAAACGUUUUUUUGGUUGGUUCCCGGUCCUGCCCCGUCCCCGCCGCCCGCUGGUGAUGCUGCUGCUCUUUGCUGCAUGUGUGACCCUGCAAUGACACCCAGCAGGCCCCUGCUGCAAGGCUGUGCUUGGGGCAAUGCAUUGCACCCUGUAGUGCCAGACUCUGCACGUUGCUUCAAAAGCCAAGGAAGGAAGCCCACGUGUGGUAGUGGCUUUGUCCAGAUUUUGGUGGCUGUGGGUCCUCAGUUUGGCUCUUUUCACCCUCUGUGUGUGCACCCAGCUGGGGUGAAGGAGGCAGUAGGUUGAACCUGGGCUUGGAGGGAACAAAAGUGAGGAACUCUCUACUCAGAGGCUGGUAAGGCACUGGCACAAGUUGCCCGGAGAAGUUAUGGAUGGCCCAUCCCUGGAAGUUUCAAGGCUGGGUUGGACAGGGCUCAGAGCAGCCUGGUCUAGUGGAAGGUGUCCCUGCCCAUGGCUGGGGGUUGGAAAAAGAUGAGCUUUAAGGUCCCUUCCAGACCAAACUGUUCUGGGAUUCUGUGAUGCCAUGUCUAGCUGGGAGGGGGUGGGAUGGACACAGGGUCAAUCUGGCAUCCCUUUGCAAGGCCUGUCAUGAGCAUUUGCUAUAACCCAGCUCUGAGCUGUGAAUGUGGCAGAAGCCCCUAACUGAUUCUCUUGGUCAGUUGGUUUCAUCCCUUCUGCAAAGAGAGAAACCUCCACUGUAGAGCUGGGACCUACACCAGAGAAGGGAGUCAGCCCCAAAAUGACAUGGCCAAGCAUCCCCAUCCCCAUCCUGCCACAACCAUACCGCUCUCACAGUGCUCUGCCCUUUCCCAAAGGCUCCUGAAUAUCAAGUGUUCCAGCUUUGCAAGAAAGUGAGACAUGGGGUAACAUUUUAAGCUUUAAGCCAUAACCACCCUUGGUCAGUGCAGAAACUCAGCCAUGUAUGGACAGCAGUGGGGUUUGAUGCAUGUGCUCAGCCAGUAGCCACACCUCCCCACCCCAAAAGGCUUUGGAUGCAAUUCUGGUUUGGGUUAGAAAGGCACAAAAUCACUGUACCUUAUUUUUUUUCUCUCUGUCCCUUCAGGGUGCUGCUCUGCUUUGUUGACUUUGCCUUACCCCAGGUUUUAAACCUGUCUGUGUUUUUUACCUUGCUGCUCUCUAACACUCCUCCCCUGUAGCCUGGAGCUGUGAUUUUGAGCUGUUUGGGGACAGGGGGGUUGGUUGUUGUCCCCCCCAAAGUCACUGUAAAAGGGAUAAGUAGAACAAGGAGCAAACAAAACCCCUCUCCUUUAAUGGCCCGGGCAAGUGAAAGGAUCACCCACAUUUUUGUAUUCCUACUGCUGUUCUGUUGUGCUGUGCAACAUUUUGCUACAUAGACUAUUUUAUAGAAGAAAGCUAGAAAAAUAUUUAUUAUUAAUAUUAAAGCAAUAGUGCAUUGAAGAAAUGGAAAGACAUUAGAAAUUGUGUAAAUGCUUAGAUUCACUUUUGGUGGAUUUUUUGUACUUUAUUUAUAACUAAUAAAACAAACUGCAUUGCUAACUAUAAA